UACUAAACUCAGCUACAUAAGCGUAUAGUUUUACCAAUUGUUUCAAUUCCCAAAUACCGCGACUCCUAUUACAAUUUUCUUUCUUGUUUUUUUAAAAAAUUGAAUUACCCAGAGCUAUCUUUUGUAAUAUCACUUUUUAGGUCAGAUAUUCUGUGAUUUCUUUUUUACUCGACUUUUUUGUUUCUAUGCAAUCUUUACGAGGAAAUUUGUUUGGAAAAGCUUCUUUAAAUUCUUUGCGACCUCUUCGUCGCUCACUUGCUGGCUGGAACUUUCGUCUAAGGUUCUUGUCAACUGUAAAUCAAAAUGGACCUUUGUCUGACUUGGAAUACCACCGACGUGCUGACGAUACGCUCGAAGUUUUAAACAAUACCUUUGAAGAUCUACUAGAACAAUCUGGAAGAACAGAUUAUGACAUUGAAUAUUCGAGCGGCGUAAUAACUUUGAAUCUUGGAGAUCAUGGUACUUAUGUUAUUAAUAAACAACCACCAGCACAUCAGGUCUGGCUCUCAUCCCCAGUUAGUGGUCCUAAACACUUUGAAUGGGCCUCAAACGUAAAAACUUGGAAGUCCACAAGGGAUGAAGGUACCAUGCUUGAUAUCUUAGCAAAAGAAAUAGGAGAUGCGUUUUCUAAAAAGAUUGAGUUUAAGGACGGUGAUGGUUACUAAAAUGAACAUGCCUGUGUUUUGUUUCCCCAAAAUACAUUCCCUACGAUUCACGAUCUCACAAGUCUCUUAGACUAAAAACAAAUGAUACGCGUCCUUUUUACUGACAAAUUUCAUAGUUAUUAACAAAAUCAAUUUAAUUUUAUAUUUAUAUUCAAUAUUCAAUAUACGCAGUUA